AUGAUUGUAUAUGUUCUACUUGCGAUCUUUUCCGCGAGAUUAAGUUUUUCUCUUGGUUAUAUCGGUCUGCCCUCAUCUCGUGUCGACGUAGCACGUCCCUCGAGUGCACAACUAAACUCCCCUGAAAAUAGGCAGACGCUGGCAAGUUACAUUUGUGCUAUUGUCGUGUACUUUGUAAUGAGCAUGGGCCACAAAGCCGGGAGCGUUUAUGUCAGGGAUGAACAGUUUCUAUGCGUACCGGGUGUGAAUCAAUUGUGCCAUGAGUUACAUAAAUCUUUCAAUUCUGGCGUCGCUGCUCUGUCGUCGUCCUGGUUUCUAGUCGUCAGUGGUUUAGUGUGCCAAAGAGUAUACACAAGAAGCUCUGAAGUCAGGUUCACCACGAAGUGGUCGCCAAUAGCAGCAUUCACUAACGCAUUACGUGAUUCUCACGAACGGGUAAUGUUUGGAUUCUAUAAUGGAAGGAGAAAAUCAAGACAGUACAUCAACGCCACGAUGUGGAUUUUAUCAGCAUGGGUUUAUUUUUGUGCCUAUAUGAACUCGAUGAUGGCGGCGGUACCUUCGGGCGGAAGUCACUUCCGCGCACCUAACCUCAUUAUAGAAUUUCAAACAGAGGGUGUCAAUGCCAUUCAGGACAAUUUUUUCGCGAUUCUCGACAUCGGCGGAACGCUAAGCGGAGUCUCUGAUGCAGGCUAUACCUUUGGUCUUCCUGGGAUAUUCAAUUUCAAUGGCACAAAAUACGACGGGAUUGUGCCCACCAUCGAGGGCUAUUCCUGCUCGAAUGGAGUCCUGGGUGCCGAUGGCACUCGUCUUGGGUUUACUGGUGGAAAGGUCACAGUCAACACAGUACCACUGCCAAGAAAACAUACCAGCGUGUCUAUUCCUCAAGGAUUCAGCAGGAACUAUUCCAUGUGGCAGCAGGGGUUAACAGCCAAAGUCAGCUCUAAUUUGUACAACUCCAUCACUGGUCUUCGCCUGUGGAAUAUAACUGCAAACUGCGGUGCCAAUAUGCCCACGACGCAGGAAUAUGUGACCGUGGUGAAUGCAAGUGGAGAUGCAGACCAGUCAGAUAGUGGCUUUCUUCCUUGCCUCGUGUGCCCGGGGCCUUCGGGUCUGAAUCAAAGUUAUACAAGCUUCAUCAUUGACCGAUUCUUUUCCUAUAGCGAUUCUUUCACAAGGAUUUUAUAA